UAACGGCGGGGGCGUGUCGGCGGGAAAGCAGCCGGCCCGGCCUCGUGGGGUCUGGGCAGCCGAGCUUUCCCGAGAGCCAGCCUCUGGGCGCACGUGAGGCGGAACGGAGGGGCGGGGCAAGGGGCCGUCUGCGGCCGGCGAGGUCGAGGUCCCGGCUGAAGCGCCUCCUCAUUUCCCACAGGGCCUGGAAGUUAAAACCCCGUCUUCAGGGGUCUGACCGAGAGCAUGGAUUCUUCCACGCCUUUGCCUCCCGAGACCCUCUCCCCGAUCUGCACCCCGGGCCCGCGGACAAUUCACAUCGCGUUCCCCCGGCAUAGCUCGGUGUUGCUGGAGUCCCUGAACCGCCACCGGCUGGAGGGAAAGUUCUGUGACGUUUCCCUGCUGGUGCAGGGCCGGGAGCUUAGGGCGCACAAGGCGGUGCUGGCCGCCGCCUCUCCGUACUUCCACGACAAGCUGCUCCUGGGGGACGCGCCCCGCCUCACCCUGCCCAGUGUCAUCGAAGCCGACGCCUUCGAGGGGCUGCUGCAGCUCAUUUACUCAGGGCACCUCCGCCUGCCAGUGGACGCUCUUCCGGCCCAUCUCCUUGUGGCCAGUGGCCUUCAGAUGUGGCAAGUAGUCGAUCAAUGCUCAGAGAUUCUCAGAAAACUAGAAACUUCGGGCGGUGGGAUUUCAGCCCGAGGAGGAGCCUCCUGCCACACGCUGCUCUCCACCGCAGCCUCUCCAGGAGGCUGGUGCAUUCGCUCCGCCCCUUUCCAGACCCCAGUGCGGUCCUCCACGGCUACCGAGAGUCCUGCCUCUACCGAGAGCCCCACCGGAGGGGAGGGGAGCGAACUGGGAGAAGUGUUGCAGAUUCAGAUAGAGGAAGAGGAGGAGGAGGAGGAGGAGGAGGAAGAAGAGGACCAGGAGUCAGCAGCCACACUCUCUCAGGCUCCUCAACCGCAGAGAGUAGCAGGGAGUUUUCCCUGUAUUCGUGGCUCCCGCCAAGUGCCCAUAUCCGCAGCUCCCCACAGGCUUCCAGAGGGCGAGAGUGUGCCGCUUGAGCCUCCUGCCUCUCCUGCACUGUCCCCCAAAGUCUUCUACAUUAAGCAGGAACCUUAUGAGCCUAAGGAGGAAAUAGCAGGAGGUGGAACUCAGACUGGAGGAGCAAAGGAAGAGACCAAAGUUUUCCCUGGAGGGGACGCUGAAGAGAAUGGGGAGCUAAGGUUUUUGUUGCCCUCAGGAGCAGGAGCAACAUCUGGAAGUGGGGGUCCCUCCUGGAAGCCAGUGGAUCUUCAUGGGAAUGAAAUCCUGUCUGGGGGUGGAGGACCUGGGGGAGCAGGGCAGGCAGUGCAUGGGCCUGUGAAGCUAGGGGGAACGCCCCCUGCGGAUGGAAAGCGCUUUGGUUGCUUGUGUGGGAAGCGGUUUGCGGUAAAGCCAAAACGUGACCGACACAUCAUGCUGACUUUCAGUCUUCGGCCUUUUGGCUGUGGCAUCUGCAACAAGCGCUUCAAGCUGAAGCAUCAUCUGACUGAGCAUAUGAAGACCCAUGCUGGGGCCUUGCAUGCUUGUCCCCACUGUGGUCGACGGUUCCGGGUCCAUGCCUGUUUCCUUCGCCACCGAGACCUAUGCAAGGACCGGGGUUGGGCUACUGCCCACUGGACUUACAAGUGACUGCUGAGGUUGUACACUAACUCCCACAACAAGAUAGCCACUGCUGCUGGUGGAUACAUAACCCUUCCCUCACCAGUCCUGUGUCUUGUAAUCAUGCCAAGCGAUUAGAGGUAUUUUGGACUUCUUGUUCUUGAGUAUGAGCUUCUACUUGGUAGAUUUGGAAGCUCCAGAUUUAUCGUAUCGCCCAGUUUUCUGCUAACCACCCUGUACAAAAGUAGAGUAUAGGAUAUCCUUAAAUCAGUCACUUACCCAGAAUGGAACUUUUUUUAAUUGUGUUGAUAUCCAUGGAGGAAACCAGAGUUCAGACUAAAAAGUUAUUUAGUAAGAGCAGAGUUGGAGCAAAACAACAUAAUGAUAAAUGUUUUAAUUAGUACCCGUGAAGAGUUAAAGGAGCUGGUCUCCAACUGGAGAUAAUUGAUUUAGAGUUCAAAUAAUUCAGAUUAGGUUUUCUUCUCCCUGUUACUAAUGAUACUGCUCGAACAGAAUUUUUACAUACUUCAAUUUGUUACAUCUUUUCAGAAGCCCUUCGGAUUGAACUUUGCUUUCUCACCAGUAGACACUUGCCCACCACCUUUUUAAAUGUAGUUGAGCACUUUAACAAAUUGAGCAUUCCAUGUGUCGUUCAUAUAAUCCUCUUUAAUAGGGGUAUUCCCUCACCAGCCUGUGCCUCUUGUCUGCCUUUCACCACCGCUGAAAACUUGUAUGUUGAUCACAGUGAUCAGUGUGACCAGUGAACUCAGGAGAUGGCAACUGACUAAAAUGCGCUCAGGGUAGCACCAGUGCUCUAAACAAGUCGCCAUGGUCAGAGGGACUCAGGGCUGAGGCUGCACAUGCUGAAGGCUGGAGAGUAAAUGUACAGUGGGACCACGCUGCCUCCUUUUCCAUCCCACAUUUGAUAGCCCCUCUGUUGAGCGGUGGAGGGGUAGAUAAUUGGAAUGGGAGUGGAGGGAGAUUUAAUAGUUACUUAAUUUCUUCAAAUAAACUUUGUCCUGAAAUCUGAAUUGACAGUGGAUUAGAUGAGUGAUUUGUGUGGAAGAGAUGUGAGAACAGAGCUGCAGAACGAGUGUUCCCUUUGCAGCAAGGUUUUGUUGAAAGAAGAAUGGAAUGGUUCUGCAAAUAGCCCCAGAACACUGACUUGGAUUUGGGCCCUGAUCUGCCACUGAAUAACCUCAGGUAAGUUACCUUUCAGAGUCUGAAAACUAUUACUAUGGCUUGGUUUCCUGUCUUUUUUUAGAAGGGGUUGAUUCACAUGAUCUUCACCUAUGAUAUUCCCCAACUUCCUUAUUAGGAGUAAUGUUUGAUUGUUGUUUGAUUGACUGUGCAACACUUAGUGCAAAGCAUUAUGCCAAUCCCAAUUAAUACUUCGCUCUCAAAGUCCGUGGUUGGGCCGGGGAUAUAGCUCAGCAGCACAGUGCCCGCCUGGCAAACGCAGGGUCCUGAGUUUGAUUCCCGGUACCAAAAAAAAAAAGUUGGUGGCCACUACUAAAGCUAGAUAAGUAAUUACGGUGUAGUAUAAGAAGUCCAUGAUGGGGGCAGUGGCACAAAGGAAGCGGAGUAAAGACCUCAUUUAUAAAAACUGCAGAGGAUUCACAAACAGUUCCUGUAUGUACAAGAAUAUGGCCAUUGGUGUGGGUGAUGGUGAAUAGGAGUUGAAUCUAGGACUAGGGGUAGGGCAAGAAGUAAUCACCUUCUCAAAGUAUGUUCCUCAAAAGUUGUUAAGUAAGGCUCUGGGCAUAUAGCUCAGUGGCUCAGUGCCUGCCUGGCAAGCACAAGGUCCUGUGUUCGAUUCCUGGUACCAAAAAAAAAAAAAAUUGUUAAAUAUGGAUGGUGUUCAGAGAAAUGUGACUUUGUGGCUGAGAAGGUGAAUUUUAGCUGGGGUUUGUUGGCUUCUCAAAAGAGACAUGCCGUGGUCCCAUCUCCAUGGUAAGGACUGUGAACAUGGUGGGAAAGAAGGUAGGAAAGGAAAGGAGUCCACCCAUCAUGUCUUGUGCCCACCUGUCUGCUGUUCUUGGCACAUAUUCCAUAGGUGACUACAUCCUUUGUCAGUGCAAGAUUUUUUGGUUGUAAGCAUUUCAGCAGACCCUGGCCAACCUUAUUGAAGAGGAAUUUAUGGAAGAAUGGGGGAUGGCUCCUGGAAUGGAAGGAAGGGCCAGAGGACCAGCAUUUGGAAGAACAAGAUCAGGAUUAGCUCUGGAAUUCAUGGAGCAGAAAUUCCUGGGCGUACAUUGUGAGGUGAUGAGUUGGGUUUUUUUCUUUGGUGCUGGAGGUUGAGCCUGGGCCUUGUGCAUGCUAAGCACACUCUAUGAGUGAGCUGCACCCCCAGGCCUGAUUCUUGUUUUUGUCUUACUGGUCUAGAGACUAAAUUUCUUGGGAGAAAACUUUGAGUCUCAUGUCUGUCCUCUAGCCAUCAAAAUGUCUAUAAAAUGUACAUGUACCAACUCCCCACAAUAAAUGUAAUCAGUGCUACAAA